AUGAAUGUAAGGCACUUUCGUGCCUCGACCGUGCGGUCGAUUCGACUCUGCAUCAUGUUCGCCGCGUACGGCGCUUUUCUCGCCGCGACGCUCGGUGCAAACGGAAACUCUUUCACCAAAGACCCCUCGCAGAUGACGGAGAAGAAACUGAACGAGAACCGGAAGCAGACAAAGCGCGUCUACACUUUGCUGGAUCACUCGCUACGAAUUUGCAUGUACGCCUUUCUGUCCGCAGUCUUUGCUGGACUGACACUGGGUGUCAUGUGCGCCAACACCUUUACCCUCGAGAUCAUCGCUGAGAGUGGGCCGACACCGGAUUGCAAGUACGCCGCGACCUUGCUACCACUGCGCAAGCAAGGGCACAAGACGCUCUGUACCCUCAUCAUAUCCAACAUGCUGUGCAAUGUCCUCAUCGUGCAGGAGUUCAACGAAGUCUUUGAUGUGGUUGAGGCCAUCCGUACUCGGGGCACGACCACACACGUGGUGGACGACAGAGGCUCCGGUAUUUGGAAGUUCGUCGCGAGCACAUUAGUCAUUGUACUGUUUGCAGAGAUUCUGCCCAUGUCGAUCUGCCGCUCCAAGUAUUCCCUUCGUGUCGCCGCGGCCGGCUCCGUUUUCGUGAACGUGGCCAUGAUCCUCACCUACCCGCUGUCAGCCACCCUGGGCUGGUUCCUCGACGUCGUGGUGGGCAGCGAGGAGACGGGGCAGCUGUACGACAAGAAGGAACUGCGCAAGCUAAUGGUAAUACACUACGAACGCGAAGGUGAUGAUGGCGUGUACAUGCCCAAGUCCGAGCUGAAACUGCUGCUUGCCGCCAUGGAUUUCCAUGAGCGCAAGGUGCGCGAUAUCAUGACCCCGAUCGAGAAGGCGACGUACGUCCGCGGCACAGACCUCAUCACGCCGGACUUUUUGGAGAUGCUGUGGAAGUCGGGCCGCUCGCGAGUGCCAGUCGAGUCGGCACCUGGCGUGUUUGAAAGCGUCCUCGUUGUCAAGGACUUGAUGACGGUGAACACAUCCUUGGAGUUCUCGCCGCUGACGGUGGCGCAGGUGGUCAAGGUGAAGGACCGCCUGUUCGCGAUGGUGUGCGCCGCCACGUCGCUGCCGUCGAUGCUCAAGUUCUUUCUGGAAGCACAGACGCAUAUGGCGGUCGUCUUCGAGGAGGAUGCGAACAUCGUCGGUGCUGCGAUCCCGGCGAUCAUGACUGACGUUGAGACGUGGCGGAUGGAAUACUCAGGGCCACGCGGCUUUGCAGCGACGCACCAGAAAAUUGUCGGCAUUGUCACGAUGGAGGACGUUGUGGAGGAGUUGCUGGCGUCUGAGAUCUACGACGAGUACGACAGCUAUGACCCGGUGGAGCGCGAGCCGCGCUACGCCGCCGUCGAUAUCCCCGGCAACGACCGCUACCCCAACACCCUACACUUACCGAGCGAGCCCGAAACGCCGCCCCGCGUCAACUUCUACUCGUACUUCACCCACCCCACCGAGAGCAUUCCGCUCACGGACUCCCAGGUCUGGGCCGUCGCGUACUACCUCAACCGGACGGUUCCUUGCUUCUACAGCUGGCAACCUCCGUACAUCAAGCUGCUGCUAGACGAGUGCAAAGAUCUGCAGCUGUGCGCCAUCACCGUCGGCCAGCAGAACGGCACAUCGGAUAUGCUUUUGAGCACGCCACUUGACCAGAUGCAUGACAGCUACAGCACGACGAGUUCCCAGACGGGCGGUGCGCAGAAGGCGCUGUCACAGUCGCAGUUCUUCUUCAAGGGCGGCCACGCCCAGUUUCUCAACGCAGUGAGCGACCAAUCGCACAUUUUGUACUCGUGCGGCAUCCGCUCCGACCGCCUACUCCUCGUCCUCGGCGGUUGCGUGGAGCUGCUCGUCGGCACCGAGGCGUUCCGCACGAAGCUGCAGAGCUUCAACUACAUCGGUGAAGAGGCCCUCACGACGCCGUUCUUUGUGCCGGACUACAGCGCUGCUGUGAUCACGGGGGCGCGUGUGUACAGUAUCCCCAAGGGGCUUUUCGAUAAGUACCAAUACUACCAGUUUGCUAGCCGUCAACGCAGCAGCAACGUGCGCAUCCUCAGUCCUGGCUUGCCGACCUUGCUGCGCUCCUCCGCAUCUCGUCAGGGUACGAGCACAAUGGCCAGAAGCGAGCGUGACAGUCUCCUGGGUCACCGUAUGGAUAGCGCGCAAGCGCUACAGAGACAGUACGGUACCACGAGCAAGAAGACGUUGUAG